ACUUACAGGAACCCGAACCAGAACAACCUUCAUCAUCCACCUCAAACCGGGACUCAACAUGCAGCCUGGAUCCGCUCUGCUCCUCCUGCUCCUCGGCCUCAGCGCCGCCGCCUGCUUCGAGCUGCUGCCGGAGGAAGCUGCUCCCCGCCGGGCACGAUUCUCCUCCAACAGCCCGACUGAUGUGGCCAGAUGUUUGAACGGCGCCGUGGCUGUCGGCUGCGGAUUCUUCUCCUGUCUGGAAAACUCAACCUGCGACACCGACGGGAUGCACGAAAUCUGCGAGCUCUUCCUGCACACGGCCGCCACCUUCAACACGGAGGGUAAAACGUUUGUGAAGAAAAGCCUGCACUGCAUCUCCCAGGGAAUCUCAUCGAAGGUUUUCCAAACGAUCCGCCGCUGUAACAUCUUCCAGAGGAUGAUCGCAGAGGUCCAAGAAGAGUGUUACACCAGUCUGGACAUCUGCACUGUGGCUCGAACCAACCCUGACGCCAUCGGAGAGGUGGUGCAGGUGCCGGCUCACUUCCCCAACAGGUACUACAGCACUCUGCUGCAGACGCUGCAGGCGUGCGACGAAGAGACGGUGGCGGCGGUGCGGACCGGUCUCGUGGCCCGGUUGGGCCCCGACAUGGAGACCUUCCUGCAGCUGGUCCAGAACAAACCCUGCGCCGCCGGCUCCGGCUCCGGCUCCACCGCCUUCAACAACCCCUCCAGCUGGAGAAACAUGCCCGUGUUCAACAUCCAGCCCGGCUUCAGGGGCCGCGACCCGACCCACCUGUUCGCCAGGAAGAGGUCCGUGGACGGCAUGGAGGGAGGAGUCAGAGCCCAGAACUAAAACACUGCACACUGAUGCUAAGCUACAAUGAUUUCCUUCUGUAGAAAAAGCUUUAGAUGGUGAUUCGGGGUAAAUAUAUUAUUAUUAUUAUUUGGGUGAUUGCUUCACUGAGCAGUCUGUGUUACAGAUGUUUGAGGCCUAUUACAGUGAUAUUUAUUUUCUUAAAGUUAAUUUAUGAGGCUGUUAUAUUUAAUUAGAGAGAGGGAACGAGGCUGCGGAGGUCAGUAGAAGCUCUCGCGCUGGUCGUGGAGCUCUUCCGGCUCCUGUCGGGGGCAGAGAUCACUUUAUUAGUUUAAAUGAGAGGUUACUGUCUGUUUGCUGGUUUGUGUUAGAAAUAAAAAAAAUGUUAUC